AUGACACAGUCGUCUACUCCUGGUUCCAAGUCAUUUCCAGAGCCCAUAGCUGCCAAUCCUUCCACGCCGAGCCUCUACCGGUUUGGACCUAACCGACACCAACUUGGGCAGAACGCAUUCACCAGGAUUCGAACCCCUGAGCGGAGCUUCACUAUAAGCUGUCCCGCUGGUUCGUUCGCCAGAGCAGCAAAGGUUCCCGAGGCGGAGAGCGUGCGAUUCGAUCCGAGGUUCGAUAGCAAGCCAGUACUGGCUGUUGGGACUGAGGCUCGGUUGCGUGCGGAUGGAAGAGAGGAGGGAGAAAGUGAGGGAGGGGAAUCAGAGGAGAGCGAGAGUAGAGUGGGAAGGGAGGAGGUGGAUGGCAGAGGAGAGCGUACGAGACGUGGUAGGAGAGCAAGCGCUGUGGAGGGAAAGGUUGAGAGAGGCGGUUGGAAGCGUGGAGGGAGGGGAGGAUGCAAGGCGACAGAGGAGGAGGAGGAGGCUGUGGCAGUGAUUGCUGGAGUAUUGAAGGGAAAAUUCGGGCCUCAGAUUGUGAGAGAGGAAGGGGAGGAGGAGGGGUCUACAAACGGAAGUAUUACGGACGAGGAGGCGAAGGGUGCAGAAGGAGAGGAGAAGGUGGAUGGGAAUGCGGAAGCAGAGGGCGCGGAAUUUGAGGGAGAAGAGGAUGAGGAAGGGAACGAGGGGGAAGACGCAGCAGCAGAAGCAGAAGAAGAAGCGAGUGAUGAGGACGGACAACCUACCACAUCUCCUCCCACACCCCCUCCUCCACUCAACAGCCCUCGGGUCGUAUCUCCCUCCUCCCUCCUCUCCCUCUACCGCUUCUUCUCCUCCCACCUCGGCAUCACCUCCCCUUCCACUGUCGCUUCAGUCCUCGCCUCACGCCCUGCCCUCAUGCGUUCUGAUCCUGCCAGUGACCUGCUGCCACGUGUCCACCUCCUCCAGUCGUAUGGCAGCUCACAGAAUAUCCUAUCUAAGCUCCAGUACUUAGAGAAGUUGGUGGGGAAGAAGGUAGCAGGGACUGUGUUGCGCAGCCAUGCGGCGGUUCUUAUUAUAUCUUUAGAGAACAUGCAAGGCAAGGUGGCGUUGUUGGGCGAUCUGAUUGGCCGAGAGAACGCUGUGCUUGCAGUGGCACGGUAUCCUUCGAUGCUGGCGUCUAAUGGGGAGAGCCUGAAGAGGGGUUUCAGCGAACUUGUGCGAGAAGUGGAAGAGGCUUUGGAGGGUGGUGAAGAUGAAGGGUAUGCACGAGAAAGCCCGUAUGUUGAAGAGCCUCAAAUUGAUGCAAAGGAUGCAAGAGAGCGUGCGGAGCAAGGGGGGAGAGGUGCAGAAGCAAGGGCAGGAGAAGGCCGAGGCUUUAAGAGAACUACUGGCGCCACGACAGCUCGUGAUAUGGUGGCAAAUAUGGUGGUUAAGUUCCCGACAUCGCUGCCGAAGAAUGGUGGAGAAAGGAGAGAAGGGCGGUACUUGGAGGGAGUUGGCAGUGAUAGGAGUGGAGAAGGGAAGGAAGAGCAUAUGGAAUUGGAAUAUGGGGAGGAAGAUGGUGAGAUGGAUGAGUUGGGGGUUAGGAAGGUUGAGUAUCAAAGUGUAUUGGAUUCUAUGCAAGACCGCUAUGAUGUGUUGGGGAGAAAAGGUGCUGCGGGCCGGCGCGGCGUGAAUCAACAGCAGGGAUGGGAGGUGGCGUGCUUGACUCAGUUGCUUGGACGCACGGACAAGGAGUUUUGA